GCUGGACGUGCCGUGACGACUGCCAGUACGAGUGCAUGUGGGUGACAGUGCGGCUGUACCUGCAGGGAGGGCACAGGGUGCCCCAGUUCCACGGCAAGCCGCCCUUCGCCUCGCUGCUGAACGGCCUGGCCAGCCUGGCCAUGCUGCGGCGGUACCGCGCGGCAGUGCCCCCUGCCAGCCCCAUGUACCAAACCUGCGUCGCCUUCGCGGGGGUGUCCCUGAACGCCUGGGUCUGGUCCACCGUGUUCCACACGCGGGACACGGCGCUGACAGAG